UGACGAGUGAACGUGUUAAUCGGAAAGAAAGACGAUAGCACGCGAUAUCCGUCCACUGCAUAGGGUGCGGCUGAGCCACCACUAUCACCACAAAUGUACAGCCACAGCAAAGCACGAGGCGGCAGCCAGUCUCCGUUCUCCCCGAGCCCACCCCCCUCCCUCCCUCUGUCUGUCUGUGUCAUGCAGCUAUCAUCCCGUGAAGUGUUGAGUUGCGUCUUUCUGCCCCGAGAAGAGCCCCGAUCUCGUGUCAUCCAGCCCGUCACGGUCAUGGACGUACUCCACCCUGAUAGACAGACAGACAGAUACGCAGGCAGAUAGACAAACAAGUGCAGUGCACAAAAUCGACAGAUGGAUGGAUGGAUGGACCAAACCCAGAGCCACCAUCCCAUCCUCUGCCUGUUCGUGUUUCGUUUCACCGACUGACUGACUGACGCACUUUUUGCUGCAGGUGCGUUCGAACUCAUUGAUCUCGGGGAUGCACUUGGUGAUGUCACCUGACACACAGACACACACACACGCGCACGUGCUGCCCGCCCGUGACUCUUGGCAUCCCGCCAUGACGGCUGCCUGACCAUUGCUGUCAGCGAGGCAUUCCCGCAGCGGCCUCAUCUGGCAAACGAUCUUCUCCUUCUUGAGCUUCGGCUUGUUCGCUGUACACACACAAACACACACGCAAACAACACCGGAUGAGAGGGAAGCGCUGUACUGUUCGUUCGCUCACCUGCCAUCGCCAUCUUGGCUGCAGUCUUUCAAAAUGUUAAGGACACGCGCCGUCGGCUUCUUCUCUUCUUCUUCUUCUCUUUCCC